AUGGUGUUUAUUCACGGAGAGUCGUACGAAUGGAACUCUGGGAAUCCGUACGACGGAAGUGUCCUGGCGAGCGUCGGCAAGGUCAUCGUCAUCACCAUCAACUUCCGGUUAGGAAUUCUUGGUUUCCUCAGCACGGGAGAGUCUAGCUGGGAGCAGACAGCUACGGCGCGCGGUAACUACGGACUACUGGAUCAGAUCGCUGCUCUGCACUGGGUCAAGGAGAACAUCGAGAGGUUCGGGGGAGAUCCGGACAACGUAACCAUAUUCGGACACGGCUACGGAGCGGCCUGCGUGAACCUACUCAUGCUGUCACCGUUUACCGAACGUCUGCGUCUCUUCCACCGAGCCAUCAUGAUGAGCGGAUCGGCUCUCUCCAGCUGGGCCAUGGUCGAAAACCCGAAGCAGUAUGCCGUACGAGUCGCUCGUGAGCUGGACUGCUACCCGCGUGGCGCCGACGGCAAACCCGCCAUCGACAUGCAAUGCUUGCGUCGCAAACCCGUCGAGGCGUACAUGCGAAUCGACAUCGAAGCGCCGACGUACCUGACGGCGUUCGGACCGGCCGUCGACGGCAUCACCGUCAAGAAGGACCCGCUGCAUCUGAUGACGUGGGAGAACUCGCGCUUCGGCAUGUACGACCUCCUCUUCGGCGUCGCCAAGGAGGAGGCGUACAACUUCUUCAAUGCCAACGACACGCGCAGCGGCAUCGACGACCGCCGACGCAGCGGCCUGCUGCGGACGUUCGUGCGAAAUCUGUUCGUCUACCACCAGAACGAGCUCUACUGGUCGGUAAUGAACGAGUACACCGAUUGGGAGAAACCCUUUCAGCAUCCGCAGACGCUCCGCGGCAGCCUCCUGGAAGCGUUCGGCGACUCGCAGUUCGUGGCGCCCGUCGUCGAGGCGGGGAACCUGCACACGUACGUGCACAUCGACACCUACUUCUACGUGUUUAGCUAUCAGACGCGCCGCGGCGACGUCGGCGACGACGUCGGCUGCAUUCACGGCGACGAGCUGCAGUACGUGUUCGGAGCGCCGAUCGUCGGCGGUAGCGGACUGCGACACUUCGUCGGCAACUACUCGCGCCAGGAGAAGCUUCUCAGCGAGUCCGUCAUCACCUACUGGACAAACUUUGCCAGCACUGGGUGA